AUGCGUGAUCCUCCAGCAGCUGCGCCAGCUCAGCAUGGGCUUCAAACCCCCAAAAAGAGACCUCGCAGACUCCGGUCCGACUCCCCAUCACAGGAACCGCCCGAGAAGAAACCUCUCCUUGAACAGGAGUGGUAUCAUAUGACGGAGGAGUUGACUACCAUGUCAGAUUCACUAUCUUUCACUGCCGUCUUGGACUAUUUAAAUGCCUGCGAGAGCCCUGCUUUGACAGAUCAAAUUGACGACUGGCUCGAAGAAACACAUCCCUCUGAUAUCCCAUACUCAAACUCGGACAUCAUCAUCCAGAACUCCCGACAAAUACCUCGAACAAGUUACGCACAAUCAGCACCUCCAAGUAUGCCUCGCCGUAAGGUACCAGCUAAGAAGGUCCGGUUUAGCCGCCGGGUUUCUAUCGCCAGAACUACCAGUGCUGCGAGUUCAUGUGGCCAACGGAAUGGAACUUUGACAGAGCCUUCAAUCACAGGAACUUUAUCUCCAGGGGGUACAUCUCCCAGAACCACUGGCUCACUUGUCGAGAACCCACAGUACGAGUCUUUAAACCUGGCAGCGAACAACAUUUUCCACCGCGACCGUCGCGAACAACUUCCAGAACACAUUUCUCAGCUUGUUCAAAAGAUUUCAACUGAUAGAGAAGUACUAGAUAUAUCGGUCCAAGACAUUGAUGCUGAUGACGCCCUUGCCGACCUAGAGCGAGGUGCUGGCGAGCCAGGCGUGGAACAGUAUAUACAAAACACGCUCGUCACCUUGCCACCUCGAAACGACAUACUAAAGAGAAGCGACAAGAUCCCCAUGUCAAGGAGGACCAUUCCUAAUACCGGAACUGCGUAUCGAGUAAGCGGUCCAGUUCCGGACAUUCUGCUUGGCUACAAUUUCGCAGUCGCAUUUAAUCCUGUCCAACGAAUGAAGCUCGCUUCGAUGAAUUUAGAUUCAGCAAACAGGGACGGUCUCUGUCUACCAUUUCUUAUCAUUGAGCUCAAAGGCGAUGGCCCCUCUAGCAACGGUAGUCUCUAG